CUGAGCUCUGAGAGCGCUACAAUGUAACAAAAGCGGCGGGAUGAAACAGUGAAAUAACGCGCGAGUGUAUGAAGCGCUGCCUUCACGCGGGACCUGAUUAAUAACACAGCACACACACACACACACACACCGGUGAGUUUAGUGGUUAAAGAGCUGAUAGUGGCUCGAGCUGUGAGUGAGUGAGCGAGCGAGCUCAGGAGGAGUGUGCUUACAAAUUGCCGAGAGACUGCCAGAGGAAUCUCCGCCGCAGCUGGACAAGAGAGAGACCGGAGGACCGGAGCGGGCCGACAUGGACGACCAGCCGCGCCUGAUGCACGCUCAUGCGGCCGUGGGGAUGAGCGGACACCCGGGCCUGUCUCAGCACAUACCGGACAACACCGGAGCCACCGACGGAGACGGAAGGAAGCAGGACAUUGGAGACAUUUUACAACAGAUCAUGACCAUCACUGACCAGAGUCUGGACGAGGCGCAGGCCAGAAAACAUGCUCUCAACUGCCACAGAAUGAAGCCAGCGCUCUUCAACGUCCUGUGUGAUGUCAAAGAAAAAACAGCUGUGAGGCCGUGGGUGGUUCUCAUCUCUGUUUAUUCGGUCUCUGUCUCCGCCGCCGUGAUGGUUGGCGAUGAUGUUUUCAUUGAGUUGGAGGCGCGAGCAGAGCGGGGGGGUUCUGCGGCCUUUAGAAAUAUUAACAAAAAACACAUGUGCAGCGGACAAACAUGA